AUGCCUGUCCGAAUUAUGUGCACCAUCUCCUUCACCUCUGAUGACGAGCCGGUUCGAGGUUACGGAAAAGGAGACUUCGACGACCACUACAAGCGAGUUCCUAAGAGUUACAGUGACGCCGGAUCGCAAGACUACCUAGAUCGAAGUAGCCAGGCGGAGGACUAUGAGGAAGAGGAAGAAGCGCUAGAAGAGGUUGAUGAUUUGGCUGCGUUCUUUGGCGGCUGCUCGCUUCACGGCGCAAACCACAUUUUUGUAGAGGAUACGAAGUUUGGGAUUCGUCAAGGUCUAUGGGCGGUGGUCUUCCUGUCUGCGCUUUCUGCAUUUUUGUUCCAAGUGGCAGAUCGAGUCAUUUACUACCUUCAGUAUGACCACAUUACGAUGUUGGAUGAAAGAGUAGCCAAGACCCUGCCCUUCCCGGCUGUAACGAUGUGCAACUAUAACUUCGUAAGGAAAUCGCAGAUGAGUUACAGCGAUCUGAUUUUCAUGGGGCCCCUUUUGGGAUUUGAAGAAGGCAUGGCUCCAGGAUUCCCCCUCGCCCCAGAGCCAGACCGACCACCAGGGUCCAGAUUCAGCCUGGACGAGUUCUACAACCGUACCAGACACCGCAUUGAGGACAUGCUACUAGAGUGCAACUAUAGAGGGCAAGAGUGUGGACCCGAGAACUUCAGAGAGGUAGGAUGA